AUGAGUUCAGGAACGCCAUUACUCAUCAAGGGCUCUUGCUACUGCAAGGGUAUUCAAUAUGAGGUCCAGUCUGGAACUGGGCAGUGGAUCCGCUGCCACUGUUCCAUGUGCAGGAAGCUCAUUGGUGCCGACUUCUGCACUUUUUUUGCUGUCCCAAACUCGAAGCUGCAGAUGAAAGCAAAGGAAACAAUGAAGACUUACAGGAGUUCAAAAGAGGCUGUAAGGUCCUUCUGCAGCACCUGUGGGUGUUCUGUGAUCAUGAAGAAUGACACUGAAUCCAACACCAUUUGGAUCAAUGCUUCAACGCUGGACCAGGAGAUUCCAGUUACAAAGCCAACGCAAAUAUUCACAGAUAACAAAGCCUUCUGGUUAGAUACAUUGAAUGAUGCUCCUCAUUCAGGAGAUAUAUCCAACUGGGAGCCUGAUUGUGCCAAAGAUUUGUAA